AUGCUACAAAAGUAUCGUUUAGCAGUAGCAUUGGCCAUUUUACGAAAUAAACCAAAUAAUAUAAGUGUAGAAAAUUACAUAACUGAAUUACAAUCUAAAAUACGAGGAUCAGAGUUGGAUGAAACUUUAUCAAAUAUUGAUGUUGAUGAAGAAGAUUUUAACUUAAGUGACGGUUUAAACACAGUUUCGGUAGAUUUGAAUGAAGAAAAUUCCAACGAUAGUAUUACGAUUUUACAAAAUUACGAUUUAGCUGGUUUAGAAAAUGAAGACCAAAAUUCGUUAGCAGAUGUAUUGCAAAUAUUAGAUAAUUAUGAGAAAAAUCAAGCGCUCGAAAGUACUACGAACUGUAUAGAAAAACCUUAUAUAGAAAUAAAUAGUCAUUUAGAAAACGAAUAUCAAAUAUGCUCAGAAAAUGCAAUUAAAAACUCUAUUUUAAAAAUAAAUCAACCAAUAAUACCUGAUUCUGGUGCGUUUAUUCGUAGCAAUGGAAGACAAUAUCAAAACAGUGUAAAUGAAAGAAAUAUAGUAAACGAAAACAAAGAAGUAAAUGAAAGAAAUGAAUUAAUUAACGAGAGAAACACGGUAAAUGGAAGAAAUUUAUUAAUACAUGAGAGAAACGCAGCAAAUGGGAGAGAUGGAUUAAUACUUGAGGGAAAUACAGUAAAUGAAAGUACAAAAGUAAAUGAAAGAAACACUUUCGAAUCGGACAGUGAUACAGAAAUAAUGAAAGAUCUUUCUGACUCUCAAGCGGAAGUAAUACCUUUUAAAGUUAUGGAAGAAUUGAAUAAAAUUAAAAUUUAUUUAAAUAAAAGAAAUAGAAUUCAUAGCGAAAGUCAUGGAACGGAUUCGGGUUAUAAAAGUAAUUCUAGAGAGUCGUAUCUUACAGCGUCACAAUCUAGCUUAUGGCUGAACCAAUCAUCGCAUUGCCUUUUUUCUUACCUUUCCCAAUGUCCCUUACUUGUCUCUACGAUGGAAAUUAAUUACGAAGUAGCUAAGGUCCUAGGAUUAUUAAUAGACAGAUUACAUGACGAUGAGAAAUACCCAACAUUUUUGGAAGAAAUGCUAGAAUUUAUUGAUAAACUACUUCAUAAUAUUUAUAAUGGUGAUUUUGAUGAUGAGAAUGUGUUCUUAAAAAAUGACGAAAGCAUCGAUCGUCUUAUUCUUCUAAAUAAAUCGCAAAAUAUAAUAAAAUUUACAAUAGAGAAAAUAACGAAACUUCUAGAAAACUUCCACGAACGUCUGGAAAAGGGAAGCCAUGUUGAAUUGGAGAAUAUAAAUACAGCUGAGAAUUUGUGCUUCAUUUUCCAUUUAUUAGAGGUACUACUAAAAAAGCACACUACAAACUUGAGCCAAACUUCACAACAGAGUCAAAACGAGAAAAUUCUAAAACGUUCCACUUUGACAGAAAUAUGGCGGAAAAAGUGGAAUUUGACACAAGCCGAAGUGUACCAUAAACAAGAGAAACGUGACGUCAUCGUCAUGUGUAGUGACGUUUUGAAUAAAAUUAUCGUUAAAUCUAUGGAAAAUUACAGUUUGGUGGCGUUUGCUGCGUUACAAUGUUUCAAUUUGUUGCAAUCUUGA